AUGUCGAGUUAUGCUUCUUUCGCGCACUGCGCAUCACGUCACUCGCGGUAUCGAUCGCAACGUGCAACGUCUCGUAUCACGUCACUCGCAGUAACGAUCGCAACGUGCAACGUCUUGUAUCACACAGCGUCGCAUAUUGCACUAGAUGCUACCAAUUUCGAACAAAUUCGUGUGCGUAUGCGAGAAGUAUGGGUUGGGAAGACCCCACUCGAUAUCAAAGUCGACAUGGUAUGAACACCUCCAGCAGGCUAGUACGGAGGAGGAGAAGGCGAGAAUACGUGCUGCUGAAGCACUACAUACAUAUGACAACACUAUGCAGGAUCACUCACUUCCAGAACAGCCGCAAGACGAUCAAAGUGUAGCUUCUGGCUCCUCUCUGCCUCCCAGUUCUCGUCGCGCAGCCGCAAUACAAACCCUUGCCAAACGAGCGCGCGAGAACCAAGACACGAGACGUGUUGGACGCCGAAAUGUGCUCAAAGUACCUCGAUUGACCAGUCGGAUAUCACAAUGCGUGAUGAUGAUGACAAUCUGGUACACAGAUGAUGUACCUGUGCCUCUCGCUGAUCCGGAUGAGCAUCCUGGCAAUUUCGCUGAUCAGCACGAAGUUCCCGUCCCCAACAAUAACCCACCCAUAACUCCUGGCGAUGUCGCCGAUCAGCACGAAGUUCCCGUCCCCAAUAAUGCUCCACCCAUAACUCCUGGCGAUGUGCCAAUCAGCACGAAGUUCCCGUCCCAACAAUAACCCACCCAUACCUCCUGACGAUGUUGCCGAUCAGCACGAGCCUCCCGUCCCCAACAAUAACCCACCCAU